UGUCGUUCGGAUCGCAACUGCACGGGACUGACUUUGCAACCGUUUGAGCCCGUGUGUGUCCUUGUCGCAGAUGCCGAUCCAUCUUUAAGAACGUUUACAGCGGGGAGUCUGCAAUCGUUACAUCUUCACACAACCGACAAGCCUGUGUACACAACACUGGCUGUCCACUGCCCCUUGACCUCAACUCAGCUAGCGCCGUCAUUUCUCCGUCUACCUCCAUCACCACUAUCACCUGGCGCCGAGAAGAUCCCCAUACAGCACCCCGCCCAGGAAUACCGCAACUUCACCGUGUGCUACCCCGCUGCUCACUCAGGGUAUUCCAACACGGAGGAGUUUGUGGAGUCCAUGACAAUGAACAGUAUACUGGGGGCUGGGAAAGCCUUCUGGUACAACCACUCCCUUGCUCCGAGCAUGAGACCCAUAGUGGAUUAUUUUGUCCAGUGUGGACAGCUUGAGCUGAUCCCGGCCAGAGUCCCGGAUCCUGUGGUCCAUGGAAUACACUACUACGCCCAGGUGGUUGUGAUGCAUGAUUGUCUUUAUCGAAACCGAUACACAUCAAAAUACAUUUUAUUCCAAGAUAUGGAUGAGGUUAUGGUCCCGAAUAAGGACUCUAACUGGCUUGCUCUCAUUGAAAGACUGAAGAAUAAACAUCCAAUGGGAGGAUCAUUUGCCUUGAGAAAUGCCUUCUUUACUAAGUCAAAACAAAAUGGUUUAUCUACAUCAAUGAAGGCCAAUGAUGUUAAACUGCUUUCCUAUUUCAACCGACACAAAAUAUAUGACUAUUAUGACAGGUCUAAGUACUUUCUGAUUCCAAGAACAGUUGAUAUAUUACAAAUCCAUGGUGUGCGCCACGUCCCAGACUUCCACCAUGUGGUGGUUGAUGUUGCAGAUGGUCUACUUCAUCACUACCGCUCUGACAUCCAAGAGCAAACCUUCACAGUUGACCGGUCCUUGGAGAGGUUUUCUUCUCACCUUAAUGAAUUAAUUAGAAAUACAAUGAACUGCAUCAGAAGACGAGGGUAGGGCUCUUGAGACAUUUGUACCAGGAUCUUUCAAUAACAGUGACCUCAGUUUUGAGGUACCAUGUUCUGCUGUUAUACGACAGUGACCUCAGUUUUUAGGUAUUAACCAGUUGUUCCUUGUAGUUAAGAACAUGAUCCUCAGUUUUGAGGUAUUAACCAGUUGCAUUAUAGGCAUGAAAUUACAGCAAUUUGUAACUCACAUAUUUGGUCUUAAAACCUAUAACGUGAUGGAUACGCAACUAGUUCAACAUUUUGUGACUCCUCUUGACGACGAAUUCGGCAAAACGACCACCCCAGUCGUUUAACGUUGAACCCCACAAUCCUUUUUACGCCCCCCCCCCCCCCCCCCCCCCCCACACACACACACACGAUUUGGCCGAGCUUAUAGGAAUGGCCCUAAUUCUAGCAGCAAACCCGACAUACCUGACACGUUAGGGUGUCACACAACCCAGGUCACCAGGUUAGGAUAAGUUUUAUCCCAUACUGAAAGGCCUCAGGCCCAUAGUACAAUUCUGUUUUCGGGAGUGGUUACAGAUCCGUUUAACAGGUCAUAUUUGAUUAACAUAGCAUGAUAAAUGAACAUUGAUCGAUUUUCUGAGUAUCUUUAUCGGUUGUUGACACCACAACCCCAGGCAGUCACACAACCCGGGUCACCAUGACCCCAGGUUUCGCAGAAGGCAACCGAGGCAGCCCCCAUUUUACGUCAAACGUUUGUAUGUAAAUAAAAGCUUCUUUUCACGU